AUGACUGCUCCGUGGAAUGGCCACAAAGAUAUUGUCGACUUACUCAUUCACCGGGGAGCGGACGUGAACCAUCGGACCAGCUCGAGCGCUGGCCCUAUCGGUUCUCGUCGGACGGCAUUAGCGCUCGUCAUUGAAAAGCACAGGCCUCGUAAUGUAGGCAUCCUACGGCAACAGGAUGACCAUCUCGCGAGCGUUGCAAAGCUUCUCUUGGAGCAGGACGGCAUAGACUUGACUGAUGGAGUGAACGGCAUACCCAUGCUAAAAAUGGCGAUAGGAAAGGUCGUUGUUGCCGUCGUCGAUCAGCUCCUCGAUGCGUAUGAGCUGGAUGAAGAUGAACGCGAAUAUACCAUCGAAAUUGGCCUUGAAGCAUUUCUGGAACGCUGGAAAAGGGCUAGAAGGCAGUACGAGAAGCAUGGCGAGAUUGAGUGUUGA